ACACGGUUAAAAUCAUAUAUACUCCAUUAUUGUACAUAUCUUUAGUUUCCUUGUGUAACUACAAACUUUUGUAUAUACAUGGUUCAGCAUUGUGAAUAAAGAUCAUCAGUUUCCUGUGACAAAAGCUUGUUCUGUCAGUGGUAUCAGAGCUAAAAUCUCAAACGAGACUAGUACUCAACAACCAUGGCCGACGAAACACCCAAAACCACAGAAUCUAAAACCCAACAAUCAAGCAAUGGCAAAACUGUGGGCACCAGGCCAUGUCCUCCAGAGGAUGACUUACCAGACUCACCAUAUGAUCUAUGGGUGAGGCAAGAUCAAUCAAUACAACAUGCAAUUCUGACUUCAGUAUCAGAAUCUAUCCACCCAUAUGUCUCUAGUGCUGAGACGUCGCAUGAAGCUUGGGUGAUACUUGAAAGGCUGUAUGCAAAUGGCUCUCGUACAAGAAUAAAUGCACUAAAAGAGAGGCUACAAAACCUUCAAUGUGAAGGCCAAGCGGUAGCAGAAUAUCUUCACACUGCAAAAAUUCUGAUUGAUCGGAUUGGAAAUGCAGAGAAGGUACCCCUAAGCAACUAUGAUAUUCAAGUUUAUCUUCUUAAUGGUUUGGGACAUGAAUACAGGGAAUUCAAGGCUUCAAUUCGAGCUCGUGAUGGACCCCCACUGUCAUUCGAAGAUUUACAAGACAGACUUCUAGCUCAUGAAGAGUCCUUACAAAGAGAGGAGGCCCUUGUCAAUGAUACUAAUACACCCAUUACAGCACAAUUUGCUUCUGUGCAUCCUCGCAUAGUUGGAAAUCCCAACAGCUAUGGUGGCUUUAGUGAUCGAAAUUCAAUAGGUGGUCAUCACAAUUCUUAUGGACUCCAGGAGUGCUCAAACCGAACUUAUAGACCCAAUUCUGCAUCUGGGACCAACCAAUUUAAUGGAUAUGUUCCAAUGGGCCGUGGAGGAGGCCGAGGACACUGUGGAGCUCGAGGAAGAAAAAAAUAAUUGGAAUUUCUCCAACAGGUAUAAUAAUUGUAAUACUAAUGCCUGUCAAUUGUGUAAUAAUUUUGGACAUUUUGC